AUGGGCCUCUCACUUUCUACAAACCGACGCCCUCUCAAGAAGCACCCUCUAAACUUCACCAUCGACACCCUUCACAACGAUGACGACCCAUGGCCUAUCGAGUGGAUGAUGUUCAACAUCCUUAAUGAUUACCUGCAGCCUGACAGCAAACUCUCUGACAACGAAGCUGCGCGAUGCCUUGAUGCCAUCAUGCCCGAGAAUCGACCUGAUCAGCUCAACGAAAAGAAGGAGCCUGCUGACGACUGGAUGCUCGAGCUCUCCGACCUCAUCUGGGACAUCGCCCAGCAAAUUCCCUGCGACCAUGAGGGCCAGGACAAGCUCGUCCAGCUUCUUCAUGCGCUGAAGCGACUCCCUAUCACCCAGACGAUUGAGAACUACCAAGGAGAGCAACUGCCCGCAUGGAACGGAUUCAGUCACUGGGAUGACAGCAUGCGCCACGCCCACGGCUACCCUGAGAAGAGAAGGGAGCCCAACAAACAAACAUGCGACCAGUACGUCAACGCCUCCGCCUUCGCUGCACGAGUCCACGCGGCAGGGAUGCAGUCUCCUCUCCAAUCCCGUGCCUUUGUCACCAUCGGGAUCGCCGUCGAGGGGGUCAUCCCCGACGAUGAGCUUCUACCUUGUCACGUCAUCGCCGGCGCUCAGUGGAUUGUCCUGGCAACUGAGUGGCUGUGGGGCCUCAUCCGAUGGGGAAUGGUCGACUACCACAAGCUCAGAGAGGACGGAAGUAAGUACUUAGCAUUUCCGCCUGCGCGAUGGGUGCGAUGGCUACACGGAUUCCAGGAGGCGGCGGCCACUGGCGAGGGAGAUGAGGUCAAGUACUGGGCUGGUCUGGCAGUCGCAAAGAUGGAGGGGAUGAUACGCAGUCAAGGAUUCACUGAUGAGAUGAUGGAGAACUGGGAUCCAGAGAAGCGAUCGCUGCGGGCUGACAUAUGGACGGAUGAGAAGUAUGCGCACCUGUUCAAGGUUCCGGAGAAGGACUAA